AUGGGCAACGAAGAAAGCAGUCCGAUCGACGAUUCUACUCCUCCCAGGACUCUAGCCGGAAGGAGCAUCGAAGCCGUAGCAGAAUACAUCAAAUCCGGGAAAUGCAAACAGAUCGUCGUCAUGACUGGUGCCGGCAUCAGCACAUCUGCAGGCAUCCCGGAUUUCCGAUCUCCUGAGACAGGACUCUAUGCCAACCUGGCAAGACUCAAUCUGCCCUACGCCGAGGCCGUGUUCGAUAUCUCAUACUUCAGAGAGCACCCAGAGCCCUUCUACACGCUGGCUCAUGAAUUGUACCCGGGGAAAUUUCGCCCCACGAUAACGCAUUCUUUCAUCCGCUUGCUGCACGACAAAGGCCUGCUGCUCAAACUCUUCACGCAGAAUAUCGACUGCCUGGAACGCGAAGCCGGCGUCCCAGGCGACAAGAUCGUCGAAGCCCACGGUUCUUUCGCGAAGCAGAGCUGCAUCGAAUGCAAAACAUACUUCCCCGACGAUGAAAUCCGACAACAUGUGCACGACAAGACGAUCCCUCUCUGUCAUCGGUGCAAUGGUCUGGUGAAGCCCGAUAUCGUCUUCUUCGGCGAGCAGCUGCCUUCGGAGUUCUUCGAAAACCGCACGCUACCGAGCCAGGCGGAUCUCGCCAUUGUCAUUGGAACGAGCUUGACCGUCCAGCCGUUCGCGAGUCUCCCCACGAUGGUACGGGAAGACACGCCCCGGAUUCUCCUGAACAAGGAACGCGUCGGAGGUCUCGGCUCUCGCCCAGACGAUGUCUUGAUCCUAGGCGACUGUGAUGACGGAGUGCGAAAGCUCGCAGAGGCACUCGGAUGGUCGGGUGCUUUGGAGAAGGUAUGGGCGCAGACCGCGAAGGAAGAAUGGAAAGAACCGGGGUGGGAGAAACCUGUACCGGAGCCUGUAGCGCAGAAGACGAGGGACGAGGGGCUCGAGGAUGAAGUGGAGAAGUUGACCAAGGAAGUCGAUGAGACGCUGAAUCUGUCCAAGUGGCACGAGAGCAAGGCACGAAGUGACACGAUGCCGAGGCCCACGAAGGAGGAGCCCAAAGCUACGAAGGAGGAAGCAGGUAACCUAAACCACGUCUUCGUCGGUGGACCCCGGGUGGACAGUUUCACACCUGCCGCAGGCUCGAAGUCAGAUGGCGGCGACAAGGACAAUUCGAAGCUGUGA